AGAAAGAGAGAGAGGGAGAGUAACCCGAAACAGGAGAUUGUAAGCUUGUCAGAGAAAGUAAGAGCGAGCAGAAAGGAAGAGCAGGAAGCUUGAUAAGCAGCGGAAAUGUGUAUGUUGUUUGUUUAGGUCCAGCCAGCGUCUGUUUAUUCAUCCAAAAGCUAUGAGUGUAAAUAGAGAACAAAAAAGAUAUGUGUCCACUCUCAGGAUCCAGCUGUCAGCACCCACAUCUGGACGAUCCUCAAAUGGCAUCAGUACGCAGGAAACUAACCGAGACACAUCACCCGUCUCUGUGAAUAAAGGAGAGGACAGGAAGGACAUGCCAGUUUUCCUUGAACCUCUGCAGGACUGUGUGACUGAUAGAGGAUGUGACAUCAUACUGAGGGGCAUCAUCACAGGGAGUCAGCCAAUCAGGGUGUCCUGGCUGCAUAAUGGUCAGCGCACAGGGUUCGGUAAAUCCUCGUUUGUGGGCGGAGAGGCGAAGCUGUUUAUUAAGAAUUGUUUCCCGGAGGACGGCGGCGCUUAUACUUGUGUAGCUGAAAACACAGCAGGAAAAACGUCCAGCAGCUCGGCAGUGUAUGUCAGAGAAACAUCCGUCACCACUCUGAACAAUCGCAAACGCAUCACUCGAACCUCUCCUGACGUCCCUUAUCCGCCAAACCUGAGCUUGAAAUCAUCAGAUACCAUUUCGAAGGACGUCAGUGUGUUCGCAGGGACGAAUUCGCCCGGUCCUGGGACUCCGUCGAGCCCGAGAGAUCUCCCGGUGAAGAGGAGAAGCAGCUCAGGGACAGUCGUGUCUCUGCAGAUUGAGUCCUCCAGUCUUCAGGUGGAGGUGCGGGCGGGUGAGACGGCUCGCUUGAGCUGCACCUUCAGAGGCAAUGCGCCGAUCGUCUCCUGUUGGGUUUAUAACAAAAAAGAGAUUCUCGAGGACUCCAGGUUCAGCAUCGAGAGCAGCAGCAAGAGCAGCAGCCUGGUCAUUUCAGAGAUUCGACCCGAAGACGCGGGACGCUACACCCUAGUCGCGCGAGACCGGGUAGACUCCGCCCAGCACUCCAUCACCCUGUCUGUCAUCGAGCGACCACAGCCUCCUGUCUCGUCCCCAGUGGUGUGUGUGCUCUCCUCAUACUCCCUCGUCCUCUCCUGGUCAGGUCCGUGCUACGACGGAGGUUCAGCCGUCACCGGUUACGUGGUGGAGGUUCAGCAAGUCGACUCGACCGGAGCAGGUUGCUGGACCAAGCUCUCAGCCAGCAGAAAUAACACUUCCCUCAGAGUGAGUUCUGGACUCCAGCCACAGGCGGAGUAUCGAUUCCGGGUCAGAGCCUGUAACGCCGUGGGACUCAGUGACCCGGGUCCAGAGUCUCAGGUGAUCAGGAUGGAGAGCGGAACAGCUGAGCCACAUGAAGAGAAGAGGAACGAUUACGUCAUUGUUACCAUUAAUGAGAAACAUAAAGUCACUGACCACUACAAUGUACUGGACAAACUGGGAGUAGGGAAGUUUGGUCAUGUGUAUCGUCUGUCCCAUAAAGAGACCGGUCAGGUGGUUGCUGGAAAGUUCUAUAAGGGUCGACGUGCAAAAGAGAGAGAAGCAGCCAAGAAAGAAAUCGAGCUGAUGAACUCGCUUCAUCAUCCCAAACUGGUGCAGUGUCUGGCAGCUUACGAUAACAAGCCUGAAAUAGUGAUGGUCAUGGAGUUCAUUGCAGGUGGAGAGCUCUUCGAGCGUAUUGUGGACGAUAACUUCGAGCACACAGAGCAGUCCAGUGUGGGUUACAUGCAUCAGAUCCUGCAGGGAGUGGAGUACAUGCACCAGCAGAACAUUGUGCACCUCGACCUGAAACCGGAGAACAUCGUGUGUGAGGACAGAACCGGGUUCCGGAUUAAAAUCAUCGACUUUGGGCUCGCUAGCAAGCUGGACCCUUCCACUCCUCUGAAGGUGAUGCAAGGAACCCCAGAGUUUGUGGCUCCGGAGGUCAUCAACUUUGAACCCGUGAGUCUGACCACAGAUAUGUGGAGCAUCGGGGUGAUCUGCUAUAUACUGUUGAGUGGUGAGUCUCCGUUCCAGGGUGAGAGCGAGUCAGAGACGCUGGCUUUAGUGACUGCGGCCCGGUGGGAGUUUGACAAGGAGAGUUUUGAGGAAAUCACAAACCAAGCCAAAGAUUUUAUCAGUUCUCUGCUGCAGAAAGAUGUCAGGCAACGGAUGUCCUGUGACAAAGCUCUGUCUCAUGCCUGGAUGAAGACGUUAGAGUCCACAGACAACUGCACUGCCAAGAACAUCUCUAAAGACAAGAUGAAGAAGUUCUUAGCCAGGCAGAAGUGGAAGAAAACAGGCAAAGCCGUGCUGGCUCUCAAGAGGAUGGCCUUACUGUCCAAAUGUGAGAACUCUCCGUCCUGCACCAGCCCUGUGGAUGAUACACAGCAUGUCCUCAAGUCCCUAGAGGAGAGGAUGCAGUCGAAACCCGAGUUCAUCAAGACGCCGUUUGACUUAUCUGUUGUCGAGGGGUCCAGGGCUCAGCUCAUCUGCUGCAUCACUGGUUACCCAGACCCUGAAGUGCUGUGGCUGAGGGAUGGUGAGGUGCUGGAGGAGCAGGGCAGCUCUGUACAGGUGGAUUAUGAAGAAGACGGGACGUGUGUCCUCACGCUGGACAACGUCACCCUGCGGCACAGCGGCACAUACACCUGCAAAACCAUCAACGUCCACGGAGAGGCGCUCUGCUCCGCUACGAUCACCGUACUGAAACAGGACUAACACACAGACUGAUGAGAUAUUUGUACACUUAAAUAUUUACACAAUUCCAGAGCCUUUUUAUUCAACAGAAAUGUUGGUUUCUGUAACCGGUGGAGAUCCGAAUGCGUAGUUUCUUUUAAAUGUAAUACAGUGUGAAGUCUUUUAUUUUAAAAUGUGAAAAUACUUUGCGUUUUAAUAAAUAACUGUAACUGA